AUGUCCAAGUGCCAUGGGACAUGCCGGAGCAUCAAGAGUGUCAAGGACCAGCCAGGUCAGCCAACAGGCCUGGAAAAAGCAAUAGUAGUGUUUACUGGGUCCAGCGCGGCGUCUUUCCCAGGGAACUUGCACUUAGUGAUGGUUCUUCGUCCCACGGGUUUUUUCCAGCGCACCUUCACUGACAUUGGAUUUCGGUUCAGUCAGGAGGAUUUUCUGCUCAAGUUACCGGUUGUUAUGCUGAGCUCGGUUAGCGACCUGCUGACGUACAUUGAUGAACAGCAAUUAACCCCAGAGUUUGGAGGCACCCUGGAGUACUGCCACAGCGAGUGGGUCAUCUUCAGGACUGCGAUAGAGAGUUUUGCACUAACUGUGAAGGAAAUUGCACAGAUGUUACAAUCCUUUGGCACGGAGCUGGCAGAGACCGAGCUGCCGGAUGACAUGUAUUCGAUCGAGCGCAUCCUGGCCCUGCGCACGGAAAAGUACUACCAGCUCAAGGAAGAUAUUACAGCAGUCACAAAAGAGGGGAACUUGCUUUUGAGCAGUUUUGAAGAACCUGACUCUGGGGAAUGCAGUCAGGACCAGCACCGCGAGAGGCCUGGGGACUGGGAGACUGUGAAUCGGUUACUUGGUCAGCUGCACGAGAUGGAGACUGCUUUUGAUGGCUUCUGGGAAAAACAUCAGUUAAAAAUGGAGCAAUAUUUACAAUUGUGGAAGUUUGAGCAAAGUUUCCAAGAGGUCAAGAAUGCCAUUGAAUUUUUAAUGGGUCAGCAAGCGGAGCUGCCCGACACUGGCGACAGUGUGCCCCAGGUGAAACAGAGGCUCAAGGACUUGGGUCAUUUUGAUGGUAUGGCUCAGGAUCUGAUAGGGAAGGCUCAGGUGGUGAUACUACACGGACACCAGCUAGCAGCAAAUCAUCACUACGCGCUCAACUUAAUCUGCCAGCAAUGCAACGAGCUGCGGCACCAUUCUGAUGUCUUGUCUGAUGAGAUCAAAAGGAAGCAGAUGCGACUGCAGAAGACUUUGGAUCUUCAUACCCGCCUUCAGCAGGCUCUGCAGUGCUGUGACGAAGGUGCCUACCUGCUCGCCAACCAGCAGAUGGAUAAGUGCCAGUCUAAGGAAGGUGCUCAGAAAGCUCUCCAGGACAUAGAAAGAUUUCUUGAAAGCUCUUCAGCCUACUUAAACUGUGAUCCCCAAGCCCUACACUACGAUUUUGAGUCAGUCUUAACAUCUGAAUUGAAGUGCCAGAUACAGUCAGUGCAGGUCAAGCUUGAAAACGUUCGAAGCAUGUUUGAGAAUCGUCAGUCUUGCUUCAAGAAGCUGUUGGAUAAGCACGUGCGGCCCGUCCAAUUAGUAGCCCCUCGGCCAGAAAAUCCACCGAGAUCAAAAUCACCAUUAUUUUCUCCUAAACAUGGUGUGGAUUUUAAUUCCAGUUUGAAAUUUUCAUUUGAUCUCUCUCUCCCUGGGAAGAAAACAUCAAGAAAAACUCCAAGCUCUCGCAAGAUCGAAGUAAUGCACGACUAUCAGGAAAAACGAAAUUCCUUGCAGUAUUUUAUUUCAGACAGUGACGACAACUUAGAUAUACUAAAAGGCCAUGUCAUAAAUGAGCUUAUAGAAACUGAGAGAGUGUAUGUAGAGGAGCUCUUCACUGUUUUGACGGGCUACAGAGCUGAGAUGGAUAAUCCUGCCAUGGUCAUCCUCAUGCCUCCCGUGCUGAGGAACAGGAAGGACGUCCUCUUCGGAAACAUGCCUGAGAUAUAUGACUUCCACAACAAAAUUUUCCUGCACAGUUUGGAAAGCUGCCUGGGAGCACCCGAGAGAGUGGGAUUUUGUUUCCUAGACAGGCGAGAGGAUUUCCAGAUGUAUGAGAAAUACUGCCAGAACAAACCCCGGUCGGAGUCCCUGUGGAGGCAGUGCUCCGAAAGCACCUUCUUCCAGGAAUGCCAAAGGAAAUUAGAGCACAAACUUGGGCUGGAUUCCUAUUUGCUCAAACCAGUGCAGCGCCUGACAAAGUACCAGUUACUUCUGAAGGAGUUGCUAAAGUACAGCACAAGCUGUGAUGGAGUUCAGGAACUUCAAGAAGCUCUGGUUGCAAUGUUGGAUUUGCUAAAGUCAGUCAAUGACUCUAUGCAUCAGAUUUCAAUAACAGGAUAUGAUGGUGACCUGAGCGAACUGGGGAAAGUGUUGAUGCAAGGAUCUUUCAGUGUUUGGACAGGACACAGAAAAGGUCCGACGAAAAUGAAGGAUCUUGCCAGAUUCAAGCCAAUGCAAAGGCAUCUAUUCCUGUACGAGAAAGCCUUGGUCUUCUGCAAGAAGCGAGAGGAGCAUGGAGAUGGAUAUGACAAAACCUCAUCUUACAGUUUUAAGCAUUUUUUGAAAAUGAAUGCAGUUGGAAUAACCGAGAAUGUGAAAGGAGAUCAUCGGAAAUUUGAAAUCUGGUAUAGUGGGCGAGAAGAGGUCUAUGUCGUGCAGGCCCAAACAAUAGAUCUGAAGAUGGCAUGGUUGAAUGAAAUAAGAAAAAUUUUGUUCAAGCAGCAGGAGCUUAUAAAAGUGGAGAAGCAGCAGCCGGGCUCAUGCACGGACCAGCUCCCACUCUCUUCCCAGCUGAGCGAUGGAAAGCAGCAGCGAGCCUCCAUAAGCUCAGAAGAGAACGACUCAGAGCGCACCAGCCCAGUGAUGCUGGACAGCGGGCUCCUGUCCCCCCAGAACAAGCCUCACAGAAGCUGGCCAGGAAUGUCACAGUCCCUGGAAAUCUGCGAGGGGCUGGAGGAGUGGUCGGGUAAUCAGUACCUCUCCAACUGCUCGGACACCGAGGAGGAGGAUGGGAACCAGCUGUCUCCAGGAAAAUAUAAAGCCCUUGCAGACUGCAAGAGGAGAGGAUCAGAGGACCUGCUGGUGAAAAAUGGAGAUGAAAUUCAGCUUUUGCAUGAAGAUGGUGAGGGACAGUGGUUGGUGAAAAACCUAAACAGAAGAAAAGAAGGCUGGAUUCCUGUCCACAGUCUGCAGAUAGUGGUCGGUGACUGCAGAUUUCGGAAUGCCAAAGUCGCAGAUGCUGCCCUGUGUAACACGAGAAAGUUUAGUUCCCCUUGAAUUAAGGGUGAACUAGUAGCAUCCUAUUUUCGAUGCUCUUUGGAAGCUUUCAACUAAGUGUUACAGAGAAAUAGCACAAUAGUUGGAGUUGUCCUGUACUAUUCAUCACAUUCACAGACCUCCACAGCUUCAUCUGCACUGAACAGGACCGGGGUCCUAAGCAGCUUCUCAUAGUCAUAAAGGAAAGCCAUUCUCUGCUCUUUCUUUUUUUUCUCCUAUGGAAAGUACAGUAUUUUAUUAAUUUUACCUGCUGUUUUUCCAUGACAUCCAUCACGUUUCAUCAGAGAAGUACACUACAGUUUCCUGACACUUUGUUUAGAUGCUUGAAAUUUCCUCUACAGGUUGAAGGCUUUACCUACUUAUUAGCUAACAACUGUUGAAGUUGCAAAUAAAAGAGUUGAGUUUUGGUAAACCAAAAAAAAAAACCAAACCAAACCAAACAAAGAAGGUGUAUUUCCUGCUUAAUUGAUUUUAUAGAUGGAUUUCUCUUAAAUAUCUACUUCAGCUAUGUGAAUGUAAUGUUCUGUAAGAGCAUCAUCUGGCCGACUCACAUGCGAAGAUGCAAUAACGCUAAAGAUCCUCUUUUUGCACUUAGGGUCUGACUCCAGCCCAUUGCGGUCAGUCCCCUCGAUUUCAGUGAGGUUGGAUCAGGUCAAACUGACAACUCAGGGUUGUCGCCAAUCACGUAGGGUCCCAAAGCGUCCCAAGGCUGAAACCUGUAUCUAGCAAGUGUUGAAGUUUACAUUAAAUGUAUGUACUUUUGGAA